UGUAUCUUAAAAAUAACUAUAAAAACCAUCAACUCACACUCUAAAGGAGUCAUAGAGUAGCUAGGAAACAAACUCUUUGGUGGUUAGGAGACACAAAUAUUUUGCAUAAAUACUGAAAACUAUACUAAAAAAAAAAUAUCAUAAAAGCAAACUAGAGAGAAAAAUAAGAAACUAUCAAAAAAUUUAGCAUGGAGGUAGUGAAGAAAGAAAAUGGUGAGACAGUAAAGAAGGAAAAUGGUGAGAGUGACAAAAGCAUCAACGAUUGGCUUCCGAUAACGGCAAACCGUGAGGGGAAGUGGUGGUACGCUGCAAUUCACAAUGUGACUGGUAUGGUUGGUGCUGGUAUUCUCGGUUUACCAUACGCUAUGUCUCAACUUGGAUGGGGUCCGGGUGUGACAAUAUUAUUAUUGUCAUGGGCUAUAACACUAUAUACCCUAUGGCAAAUGAUCGAAAUGCAUGAGGUUGUCCCUGGUAAAAGGUUUGAUCGAUAUCACGAGUUGGGACAGUACGCGUUUGGAGAAAAACUCGGGCUAUGGCUCGUUGUUCCCCAACAGUUUAUGGUUCAGGCUGGGUGUGACAUUGUGUAUAUGGUCACCGGAGGGACUUCGCUAAUGAAAUUUUAUAACAUGGUUUCUCCUAAUGGACCGCGGAUCAAACUUACCUAUUUUAUUAUGAUUUAUGCGUCUGUUCAAUUUUUCCUGUCCAACUUACCAAAUUUCAACUCUAUUGCUGGUGUCUCCUCAGCUGCUGCUAUUAUGUCUCUCUGUUAUUCAGCCAUCGCAUGGAUAGCUUCAACUAUAAAAGGAAUACAACCCGACACGAGUUAUGGACCUAGAUAUCACACUAGCGCCGGACAGAUAUUUGGUUUUUUGAGUGGUUUAGGGACGGUUGCAUUUGCUUUUUCUGGGCACAAUAUAGUGUUGGAGAUUCAAGCAACAAUUCCUUCAACUCCGCAAAAACCUUCUAAAAUAGCCAUGUGGAAAGGAUCUCUCCUCGCUUAUAUAAUUGUAGGAUUGUGUUAUUUUCCGGUGGCUUUUGUUGGUUAUCUAGUGUUCGGCAGGCUUGUUGAGGAUAAUGUUAUGAUGUCUCUUGAGAAGCCUAUUUGGCUUAUUGCCGUUGCUAACCUAUUUGUUGUCAUACAUGUUAUUGGGAGCUAUCAAGUUUUCGCAAUGCCAAUUUUUGACAUGCUUGAAUCUUUUUUGGUGUUGAAAAUGAAAUGCAAACCUGGUAGAAUGCUUCGUCUUAUAACUCGUUCUACUUAUGUCGGAAUUACUAUGUUCAUAGGCAUAGCAUUUCCAUUUUUUGGCUCUCUCUUGAGUGUGUUGGGAGGAAUUGCUUUUGCACCAACAUCAUUUUAUCUUCCUUGCAUAAUAUGGUUAAUAAUAUGCAAACCAAAAAAAUACAGUGCAUCAUGGUUCUUUAAUUGGGCAUUCAUCAUUUUUGGCGCAUCGCUGACGAUUUUAGCUCCUAUAGGAGCUAUAAGAGACAUAAUCGCUCAAUGUGAUACCUACAAAUUCUUCUCCUGAUCAACCGUUUUUUAUGAGGAGUGAUUGGGGUGAUGAUAUAUAUUGAUCAUAGGUUUUGAUCCGAUCAUUUUUUAAAGCGGGUCAUCUAUGGUUGUUAGUAAAUUUAUGUGAACUGUUAUUAUGAACUAUUGUUUAGACUUUUUCUCGUAGACAAACAAUAUAUAUUAUGUAUAUAUGUUUAAUAAAAUUAAACCAUGAAUUAUGGGUUCUAUAUUAUAUACUAUAGUCAUUAUCGUAUAGAACACUUGUCAUAAUA